GCGCGAUUCAAAAAACUCAUUUAAAUAGUGCGCUGAAAAUUAAUCGGCAUCGAGUCGGUGAAAGAAUUGAUAAGACGAUCAGCGAACGAGGUGUUAAGUGUCUAGGUGUCCAGGUGUUUAGGUGUCAUUGUUACUGCGAAAAACAGCAAGCUGGAUCAACAACAAGAAUCCGCCGUGGAUCUCUCCCCAGAUUCUGCGGGGGGAUCUGCGAAUCGAAGAGAUCGUAGACCACGUCGUCAACAUAAUAGCUUAAGCUAUCGUUACAAUAAUUUGACAGCCAGAAGAUACGACAGCUUAAACGGCAACGACCCUAGGCCGGGUACGAGUUCAACUAGACAACAAGGUACGAUGCCGCGGAAUGAACCACGACAGGCGGGCAAGCGACCGGUGAAGACUCUCACGCCCCCAGAAAAAGUAGACGCCAUUAAUAGGGUACAUAAUGGUGAAUCUAAGGCCGCUGUGGCACGCGACAUCGGCGUGCCAGAGUCCACCCUCAGAGGAUGGUGUAAGUCGGAACAAAAAAUAAUAUCCCAAGUUACCAACAUAAGAGGUUCGGGAACGUCAAUGCCAGGAACGUCAAUGCCAGGAACGUCAAUGCCAGGAACGUCAAUGCCAGGACCAUCCUUGGCAGGACCAUCCUUAGCAGGACCAUCAUUGGCAGGUUACGAGCACAUUCUGACAUCGAGUUCGGAUAAUAGUAAUAGUGUGGGAGCGAUUUCUUCGUCAAGAUCGACACCAACCGCCCAAGCCAUGAUGUUGGGAUUAGGAUCGAGUUCUUCUGGAGUUACAGAGAAAGCUGAGGAGUUUGAAGCCGGCCCGUCCCACAAAAGAAUAAAAAUCGAGAAUAGUUCUGCCAGCAACAUGAUGUCCAAUAAUAUCUCGUCAUUGGCUCGAGCACCAAUGGCCAAUGAUACCUUAAUUAAUCCAUAUUUAUACAAUAUGAUGGAUCCAACCAAGGCCUUAAAUUUUUUAAACACAUUUAUGAAGCCUUCAGAUACAUUUCUUUCUUUUCCCGCAUACUCGUCUCCAGCAAAUCUUCUUACCGAUGGUUUGCUGUCUGGGAACAAUGGCACGGUGACCAAAAUGACGAUAGCGAAUAUGAUAAACCAACAGCAACAACAAUUGCAACAACAACAGCAACAACUACAACAGCAACAACAACAACAACAACAAGCUAACAACACGUUAAUUAACGGGAAUAAAAGGAAACAUUGCGCCCCAGGACCAUCAACCAUGGACAUCCCAAAAAUAUCAUUGAGGACACUCAACAAUCGAUCACCGAUUGCGGAAAAAUCGUCCAGGAGCAUCUCUCAACCGAACUAUGAAAUCUCCAUGCCAUCAACGUCAGCGACCAGGGGCAGUGAUUCAGUCAUAUACGUUCCACAAUCAAAAACAUCCAAAAACGGUAAAAAUCUUACUAAUAUAAUAGAAAGUCUUCACCAUCCAUAUGUACCGUCUCCGAAUAGCGUAAAAGGAGUGCUAUUUAAUACUGUGAAUAAUAAUAAUAACGAUGACGAUAUGGACAACGAGACUGCGAGAAAAAAUUAUCCCGAUGUCUUGCCACCGGGAUUUAAUGACACGGUGGAGAAUGUCAAAAAAUUGUUAGAGUGGUUGCAUCAUUACGGUUCGCCUGUAUGUACAAUGAAACAAGUGGGUCACAUACAACGUAUUUUGACACGUCUACAAGAUUGGGUUGAUAAGAAGUCAAAAACGGAACUUCCCCAAAGAAUUAACGGUAUGAGCUAG